AUGGUUAUGGAAUUAAAUGCAUCUGAUGAUAGAGGAAUAGAUGUUGUUCGUGAACAAAUUAAAAACUUUGCAAGUACACGUAAUAUAUUUAGUUCAGAUGUAAAGUUGAUUAUACUGGAUGAAGCUGAUGCAAUGACACAAACUGCUCAAAAUGCAUUGAGAAGAAUUAUUGAAAAGUAUACACAAAAUGUCCGUUUCUGUAUCGUUUGCAACUAUCCGCUCAAGAUCAUUCCUGCAGUUCAAUCUCGUUGUACAAAAUUUCGAUUUUCUCCUUUAGGCAAAGACCAAAUUAUUUCUUACUUGAAUGAUAUAAUUGAGGCAGAACGCAAGCCAAAGAAUGCUAGAUCAAAAAGAGCGUUAAAAAAGCGCGAACCUAAAGUUGAAGAAAAUGUCAAGAAAGCAAUGUUUUUAAAAACUAUCCAAACAAGUCAAACAGUUAGAGAUGCUUUAAAAGAUCUUUACUGUCUUAAAAAACCAGAUGGAAUAAAUUUUUCAAAGAAAAAUCACAUACUUCCAUUUGAGGAUGAGACAUCAUUAGAAUUUUUUUCUCAGAAAAAUGAUUGUUCAUUGUUUGUGGUUGGAUCACAUACCAAGAAACGACCCGACAAUUUAGUAUUUGUUAGGAUGUAUGAUGGACAAGUUUUAGAUAUGGUUGAAGUUGGAAUAGAGAAUGCAAUUCCAAUGAGUAGUUUCAAGGUUCUUGACUAA